GGCGGCUCCCGGGCCGCCUCCGGGGCCGCGGCGGCCCAGCUCCGCCGCCGCCUGGAGGGCGAGCUGGAGGGCAUCCGCGGCGCCGGCACUUGGAAGAGCGAGCGGGUCAUCGCGUCCCGGCAGGGCCCCCACCUCCGCCUGGCGGGCGGCGGCGCCGGGAUCCUCAAUUUCUGUGCCAAUAACUACCUGGGGCUCUCCAGCCACCCGGAGGUCAUCCGUGCCGGCGUGGAGACCCUCGAGCAGUUCGGCGCUGGCCUCAGCUCCGUCCGCUUCAUCUGUGGGACGCAGAGCAUACACAAGGAUCUGGAGGAGAAAAUCUCACGAUUCCACCAGAGGGAAGAUGCCAUUCUCUAUGCCAGCUGCUUCGAUGCCAACGCUGGUAUCUUUGAGGCACUGCUGACCCCGGAGGAUGCAGUGCUGUCGGAUGAGCUGAACCAUGCCUCUAUCAUCGACGGGAUCCGCCUGUGCAAAGCUAACAAGUACCGCUACAAGCACAUGGACAUGCAGGACCUGGAGGCCAAGCUGCAGGAUGCACAGAAACAUCGCCUGCGACUAGUGGCCACUGAUGGUGCCUUCUCCAUGGAUGGUGACAUUGCACCCCUGAAGGAGAUCUGUCGGCUGGCUGAGAAGUAUGAGGCCUUUGUUUUCAUUGAUGAAUGCCAUGCCACAGGCUUCCUUGGGCCCAAUGGCCGUGGUACUGAUGAGCUCCUGGGAGUGAUGGAUAAAGUCACCAUCAUCAACUCCACCCUGGGAAAAGCACUUGGAGGAGCUGCAGGUGGGUACACGACUGGCCCCAAACCCCUCAUUGAUUUGCUCCGCCAGCGCUCCCGCCCAUACCUCUUCUCCAACAGUCUGCCUCCCGCCGUAGUGGGCUGUGCAUCCAAGGCCCUGGACCUGCUCAUGGAGAGCAACACCAUUGCACAGUCUAUGGCUGCCAAGACCCAGCGAUUCAGAAGCAAGAUGACUGCAGCCGGCUUCACCAUCUCAGGGCAAGACCACCCCAUCUGUCCUGUCAUGCUUGGGGAUGCUCGGCUGGCUGCAGUGAUGGCUGAUGACAUGCUGAGCAGAGGCAUUUAUGUCAUUGGCUUCAGCUACCCUGUGGUUCCCAAGGGAAAGGCCCGCAUCCGGGUCCAGAUCUCUGCUGUGCACAGUGACGAAGACAUUGACCGGUGUGUGGAAGCCUUCACUGAGGUGGGACAGAAACACGGAGCGCUGCCCUGAGGGGCCAGCUAACACCUUCUCCAGUAACCUUCCUGCCCAGGACCAAGACAAGUGCCUGUACUGGGGGAAAAUGUUUGACUAGCACGUUCCUGAAAGCAGCAGUCUCCAAGGCAUUGUAGCCUGUGGGCAGCUCUGGCUGCUCUAUUGUGCUGGCAGUGGCAUUGGCAACGGUUCUUGCGUCAUUAAAGGUUCCCUGCAGUACA